GCCGGGCGCGGAGGAGGAGAGGAGACCGGCCGCCGGCGCCGCAGCCCAGCCGCCCGGGAGCGCUCUCAGCCCUCGCGGGGCGCCGGCUCCAUGGCGACCGGGCUCGGGGAGCCGAUCUACGGACUUUCGGAAGACGAGGGCGAGUCACGUAUUCUCCGAGUGAAGGUCGUUUCUGGAAUUGAUCUCGCCAAAAAGGACAUCUUUGGGGCCAGUGAUCCGUAUGUGAAACUUUCAUUGUACGUAGCUGAUGAGAACCGAGAACUGGCAUUGGUACAGACAAAAACCAUUAAAAAGACGCUGAACCCAAAGUGGAAUGAAGAAUUUUAUUUUAGAGUAAACCCAUCUAACCACAGACUCCUGUUUGAAGUAUUUGAUGAAAACAGACUGACACGAGACGACUUCCUGGGACAGGUGGACAUACCCCUUAAUCAUCUCCCGACCGAAGAUCCGACCAUGGAGCGACCCUAUACAUUCAAGGAUUUUCUCCUUAGACCAAGAAGUCAUAAAUCUCGAGUUAAGGGAUUUUUGCGGUUGAAAAUGGCCUAUAUGCCAAAAAAUGGAGGUCAAGAUGAAGAAAACAGUGAGCAGAGGGAUGACAUGGAGCACGGCUGGGAGGUCGUGGACUCCAGUGACUCGGCCUCUCAGCACCAGGAGGAGCUCCCCCCGCCUCCCCUGCCGCCCGGCUGGGAAGAGAAGGUGGACAACCUAGGUCGUACCUAUUACGUCAACCACAACAACCGGACCACUCAGUGGCACCGCCCGAGCUUAAUGGAUGUCGCCUCCGAGUCGGACAGCAACAUCCGGCAGAUCAACCAGGAGGCCGCGCACCGACGCUUCCGCUCACGCCGACACAUCAGCGAGGACCUGGAGCCCGAGCCUGGCGAGGGCGGCGACGGCCCGGAGCCUUGGGAGACCAUUUCCGAAGAGGUGAGCAUCACUGGGGACUCCCUCAGUCUGGCACUGCCCCCACCACCAUCUUCUCCAGGGUCUCGGACCAGCCCUCAGGAGCUGUCCGAGGAGCUGAGCAGAAGGCUUCAGAUCACUCCAGACUCCAAUGGGGAGCAGUUUGGUUCUUUGAUUCAGAGAGAACCGUCCUCGAGGCUGCGGUCCUGCAGUGUGACCGACACUGUCGCCGAGACGGCUCACCUACCACCGCCAAGUGCCCCAGCUAGGAGAGCGCGGUCAUCAACUGUCACAGGUGGUGAGGAGCCAACGCCAUCAGUGGCCUAUGCACAUACCACGCCGGGCCUACCUUCAGGCUGGGAAGAGAGAAAAGAUGCUAAGGGACGCACAUACUAUGUCAAUCAUAACAAUCGAACCACAACUUGGACUCGACCUAUCAUGCAGCUCGCAGAAGACGGUGCGUCCGGAUCCACCACAAACAGUAACAACCACCUAAUCGAGCCUCAGAUCCGCCGGCCCCGUAGCCUCAGCUCGCCGACUGUAACCUUGUCUGCCCCACUGGAGGGUGCCAAGGACUCACCCGUACGUCGGGCUGUGAAAGAUACCCUUUCCAAUCCACAGUCCCCACAGCCAUCACCUUACAACUCCCCCAAACCACAACACAAAGUCACACAGAGCUUCCUGCCACCCGGCUGGGAAAUGAGAAUAGCGCCCAACGGCCGGCCCUUCUUCAUUGACCACAACACAAAGACCACGACGUGGGAAGAUCCACGCCUGAAAUUUCCAGUACAUAUGCGGUCAAAGGCCACUUUAAACCCCAAUGACCUUGGCCCUCUUCCUCCUGGUUGGGAAGAAAGAAUUCACUUGGAUGGCCGGACGUUUUAUAUUGACCAUAAUAGCAAAAUUACUCAGUGGGAAGACCCACGACUGCAGAAUCCAGCCAUUACUGGUCCGAAGGCUGUUCCUUACUCCAGAGAAUUUAAGCAGAAAUAUGACUACUUUAGGAAGAAAUUAAAGAAACCUGCCGAUAUUCCAAAUAGGUUUGAAAUGAAACUUCACAGAAAUAACAUCUUUGAAGAGUCCUAUCGGAGAAUCAUGUCCGUGAAAAGACCAGAUGUCCUGAAAGCUAGACUGUGGAUCGAAUUUGAAUCGGAGAAAGGUCUUGACUAUGGGGGUGUGGCCAGAGAGUGGUUCUUCCUGCUGUCCAAAGAGAUGUUCAACCCCUACUAUGGGCUUUUUGAGUACUCUGCGACGGACAACUACACACUUCAGAUCAACCCCAAUUCAGGCCUCUGCAAUGAAGACCAUUUGUCUUACUUCACUUUUAUUGGAAGAGUUGCUGGUCUGGCAGUGUUUCAUGGGAAACUCUUAGACGGUUUCUUCAUUAGACCAUUUUACAAAAUGAUGCUGGGAAAGCAGAUAACUCUGAAUGACAUGGAAUCUGUGGAUAGUGAAUAUUACAACUCUUUGAAAUGGAUCUUGGAAAAUGAUCCUACCGAACUGGACCUCAUGUUCUGUAUCGAUGAAGAAAACUUUGGACAGACUUACCAAGUGGAUCUGAAGCCCAAUGGGUCCGAAAUAAUGGUAACAAAUGAAAACAAAAGGGAAUAUAUUGACUUAGUCAUCCAGUGGAGGUUUGUUAACAGGGUCCAGAAGCAAAUGAACGCCUUCUUGGAGGGAUUUACAGAACUGCUUCCUAUUGAUUUGAUUAAAAUUUUUGACGAAAACGAGCUGGAGUUGCUGAUGUGCGGCCUUGGCGAUGUGGAUGUGAACGACUGGAGACAGCAUUCUAUCUAUAAGAACGGCUACUGCCCAAACCACCCUGUCAUUCAGUGGUUCUGGAAGGCCGUGCUGCUCAUGGACGCGGAGAAGCGGAUCCGCCUGCUGCAGUUUGUCACCGGCACGUCCCGAGUCCCCAUGAACGGGUUCGCCGAGCUUUACGGUUCCAAUGGUCCUCAGCUGUUUACAAUAGAGCAAUGGGGGAGUCCGGAAAAACUGCCCAGAGCUCACACGUGCUUUAAUCGCCUCGACUUACCUCCGUAUGAAACCUUUGAAGAUUUACGAGAGAAGCUUCUCAUGGCCGUGGAAAACGCUCAAGGAUUUGAGGGGGUGGAUUAAGCGCCCCCCCGCUUCGGGGUGGCUGUUCAUCGAGCGAGUCCUUCUUGCACUUGUGCGUUUGCCCAACACCUGACUUUGCAGAGGCCGAGGCGGAGGAGCGGCCGCACCCGGCGCCUGGCCCCCCGCGCGGGGCCUCCGCCCGGGACCCCGUGGGCUCCGGCGUGGGAGCCCGGUCCCAGGUCGCGUUCCUGCGUUUUCCACCACGAAUUUUCAACUGGUUGAUGUGUACACUAAUAACAUUUCAGGAGGACUCAUUCUAUUUAUGUUGUGCCUCUGUAGGCAAAGCCCUUAAUAAAUAUUUUACAUACUUUAUAAUGACAAUGAAUGGGAUUAAUCACUCUACAGGUAUAGUAUUACAACUCAUGUUUACUUUUUAAAAUGAUUUAGACCGAUUUUCAGACUUUAUUUCAUUACAAUUAAAGAUGUCUCGUGUACUUGGAAAAGUGAGCAUAUUUUUUUGUAUUUGAAUUUCAUACCAGGUUUAAUGUCCGUGACAUUUUUAUUUUUGAAGUCCUUGGACACCCCCUCCCCACUCCCAACUUCAUUAGAAUUGAAAGACUGAUUUUUGUGUCCAAAUACCUACAGACAAGUACUUUGAGAGAACUGAAACUAAACCAUUAGACAUCAUGAUAAUUUUCUCCAUACUCCGAGAGAGUGAAAACAAACUGGAUAUUACAUUUUCGUGUGUGUGCAAAUUUAGCAUAAUAGCUCCGGGCUGGCAGAAUCGUAACCGCGUGUGACAAAUCUGGUGUUGACUUCAGGGAAUCACACCGUUAUUCCUUGCAAGUAAUCCAUGCGCUAGGACACAUCUGGGCAGGGUCGGACUCUCCUUUCUCAGAAGAGAUGUGACUUCACCUUCCGUGACGUUGUACAGCCGUUCCUUUAUUACCUUUUCCUCCUUGCUGUGUGUCGUGGAGACACUCGGACAGCCUCGGCACCUGCUUGAGUUGAAACUGUGGAAACCAGAUCUGUGUCGUGUCCCGUGUGUACGGACUCGCUAACGGUAGCUAUGUAACUAAUUUUUGUUGUCGAUGCCCCAGUUCUAAAAGGCACUUUACGUUCUCCGGAGGUCAGACCUGGUUGUGUCAAUGUUUUGGGGUUGUUGUUGUUUUUUUAAUUAAUCAGACUUUAAAUGUGAUGAUUCGUUGCUCUCCCUGCACACAUCUUUCUGGUGCAGCGUCUCUCGGUUGUGAAUCUGGCUGCUGGUGUAUAAAACCUGGAUGUGAAACUGAGCCUGCACACGUGUCCUCAACCGAUCAUUUUGUGAUUUCUACUCAGCCACCAAGGUUAAUUUACCGCACACUUCGUCUGGCCGGGUUUUGUUACCCAGGAUGCAAUGCAUGCUCCGAUGCCGUGUACCGCCUGAGUGUUGUCUGUUCCGUGCCGGGUUAGAAGUGAGCAGAAGCUCUUUGAGUUGAGCUCCCCCACCCCCGCAGUCGCGCUGAGAAGCUGGUGGUCCCACGCUGUGGGGAUCCUCUGGCGCUUGUGAGCGUUGGUUGCGGAUCCCGAGGUGUUUUGAGAGGAAGCCUGUGGCAGUUUCAGCAGCCCUGCUGUCUUUGAACCCAUGUCGUCCUAAACCCUGUUGUGAGCAGGGACUCUGGAGAUGUGAUCUCUUGCCCCACUCAUACAUAAGACAGAAAAUUGUGGUUUUAGGACUUCCCCAUUUGUUACAUAAGAAGGACCUUUUGGUGUAAGAAAUUCCUUGUUCCUCAGUCCAGGUGGCUCAUGGGAAACCAGGAGUGUCUGUGGUGUAAGUGAGCUGUCUGAAGAGGUUUGGAGGCCGGGGGGGUCUUGACAGAGAGAGGAUUUCUGCAGGGCUGAGGACUGGCUCCCUUUCCCUCUUGAUUUAAAACUAUCCAACAGUGAUCAGAGAACUCAGAUGUUGAGUAAUUAGAAAAAGCAACAUUGCUUAUUAUUUUUAUCUAUGGGAUUUUCUUUUCCUCUUCAGUCAACAUAACCAGUGUUUCCUGGCAAAAAAAAAAAAAAAACUCUUUGUGUCCCCCCUCACAGCCCAGAGGGCUUUCUUUCUACAACUCCCGCCAAAGCCAAUGCUUGGAUAGAUUCUGAGAUCGACCAUGUCAUUAUAAGGGAGAAAACCUCUGUCUCGGGGAAGACCUAGGAUGCUGUCAUUUUGUGAACUGUAUACUCAAAUCAGAAUAUUCAGUAAAUACAAAUUAGGCAAAGCCUUAAAAAUGUGCAAGAAAACCCCAUCCCAAGGUCCUCCCUGUGCCAGGAGCAGGUGAGAAUGAACCCCUCCAACUACUUGAAAGGCCGUAAUUGUGAAUGACGUUCAGUUCCUCCCCCGCUAAUUGUUGGAUGUCCGUGACCGCUGACUAGUGCUGGCUUUGGGGUUUGUUUUUGUUUGGUUUCACUUUUAAUCCACACAUAAGGUUUCUUCUUCUCAGCAACUCUUGAUGUUUCACUCGGUCUAAAACAGUCUUAGAUCUGGUUUUCUCAUCCUGAUGACCUCCAGGGCACAGUCGCAGGUGGUGGUUAAAAAACGCACCUCGGAACCCUCAGCCCUGGCGGGGAGAAUGGGCCACCUCUUCUCGUCACCCUUAGCCCUGGCGCCUCUCCCAAGUUCACGGUCUCCAUAGCUGGAUUUUUGUUUUUCUUUUUAAGUUCCCUGAAGAAGGUACCCACCCUUAUCAUGGGUCAUUUUGCCACAAGGUUAAGAAGCUAGUUCCGGCACAACUGCAUGAUGGUUCUCAGGGUUUCGAUCCCGGGCCCUCGUCGGCCUGAAGGCGAGUUGGGAAAGUCUGGAUUUGCUUCUGAUCGCGCGAUAGUGCGCAGCCUUUCCACCAGCUGCCUCUGGAACUGGAGAUGCGGCAGUUGUCUGGUUUCAGGUUGUACUCCACCUUGACAGGUUUUCUGUUACUUUUCUAUAGCCAGCCCUGAACCAGAUCACCAGAAUGUAAGAUGCUUCUUUAAUUUCUGUUUACAAAGCCCUUUGGUCGAAUAUGAGCUAUUUCUGAUGGUCAGAUGACAAAUGCUAUAAAGCGCCUGACGCGGAUUAUGCCUCCCGCAUAAGGAUGCAGUGACACAUCCUGAGAUGAUUUGCAAAAUAUUUGAACCACUCUCUACAUCUCACAUUGUUAAAUAAACAUGUACCAUUGCUUUUUGAACUUGCCAGAUCCAGAUUGGCUCUCUUGAAAGCGAAGUUCAUGUGCCGCCAAUUACUAAUUGCUCCAGCAGUUACUAAUUGUUUAACCCUGGACUCUAGCAUUUUCCUAAGUCUUGUGUCUCACCUCCGAACUUUCAAAAUCUGUAGAGAGCAUGGGUUCAUCAAUUCUCGAGCCCCUCCCCCCGGUGCUAGGCACCCUGUUUCUUUUCUCCUGACUCCACACCCACGUCCUGACCAGGAGAGGGCACCGCUGUCCGGUGUCAUUUCCUGCCUCGCCAGUAGGGGGUGCUGCUGUGCCGAGUAACUGCCUGGCCUGCUCCCUUCCUGGCCCCCAGGAGAUGAAGCACUGCCUUGGUCUCAUUCAGGCUCUGGGGUGUGUCCUGAUACAUCCUGUCAAAACUGCCAAUUUCAGAUUUGAGAUGCGUUUUUAAAACUCCUAAUAAACCCCACUUGGUACCUUAGAUUUUACUACUGGGAAGAAAAUGUGAUAUACUUCGGACCACUUUAAUUUAAGCCUUAACAAACAGUGUAGGUACACUUGCGUACACACACCCCCUCCCACAGCGUGAUUUCAGCGUGUCAGAAGCAACGCCGUAGCAUUAGGACAUGAACUUGUGGAAUGUUUUCUUUCGGAAGAGGAUAGCUCUCUGUAAGAAAAUUUCCAAGGAAACUUCUCAUUUGACAUCGAUCCUUUGUGAAAGGUGUUAAGUGCAAAGCAACGCAUGUUUAAGAUGCAUGUCUUGUUCGUUGGUUUUAUGUUUCUAAGUAUCGAUGGGAAUCUAACAUCGGCUACAGACCUGUAUGUACUGCAUCUCAGCUGUGUUGGAGAUUGGAAGCCUUGCUGAUGGCCGCACCCUGUGUCUACAGCUCUCUGGGUUCCUGUGUGAGCAGGUGGCCCUCUUACUCGGGCUGAUUUCACCUAGACUGUCACGGUUUCCUUCGUGUUAACUUUGCGUGACUGUUUUUCCUUUACUACUACUUAUGUGAUAUGUAUAUACGUAUGUAUGCUGUCCAAAUAUGUAUGUAUAUAUUUGUAUAGCAUUUUUACACCUCUCUUGAGUAAUCUGGUUUCGAAAGGGAGUGAGAGCUGAGUCCUUCGACAGCUUCCUCCAAGCUGUGCCCUGAGAUUUCUGACCCUCGGAGCCUGAGAGAACCCCAGGAAAACGAUGCUAACAGGCUGUCAUUCCUUAAUUCAGGAUUUAUUACCAAAUGAGACAUGAGAAAAGUGACUUUUAAGGUGAAGCGUUUCAAGCAUUCCAAAUGAAUUCUCCAUGUUUCGUAACUUUUUAUUAUAAACCCACCUCCUAAGACAAAGCCAAGUACUAUUUGAUACAGUGAUUUAAAAAACCAAACUACUUCGAAAUUUUUUAAAGACAACUUCUGCAUAGCGCUCCUUUUCACAAUCAGAAUAGCUUUAAAAUGUGGUUGAAUUUGAUACACACUGGAAAAGUUUUGUUUAAGAACAAAUCCUUUUUGCUUUUCAUUUUUAAGAGAUCUGAAGAGAAAUUGUAGAUUGUUUUCCUCACAGCAAACGAGUAAUGUGACAAAAUGAAGUCGUUGUAAAGAAGUGAUACAACUUGUCAAAUAUUUAAUAAAGAAUUAUGGAAGGUGGAACGUUUUUCUACA